AUGUCAAAAUUGACUCCUAAAGGAACAAUCUUUAUAUUGGAUAAUGGACCUAAAACAAAAAAAACAAUAAUGGAAUUAGAGGAAGAUGCUUCGAUUGUAAGAACCUAUCUAAGUUCAAGGAUUGCUUAG